UUUAAAGCGGCCUUUUUUAAAAAUCAAGAGAAGCUACGUCCAGCGGCUUGUAAUUCCUAAUAUUCAAUAUUUCAGAUUGUUUAAUUUUAUUGAUUCGUCCAUUGGAUAGACAAAGGUAAUAAGAAUUUACAUCUACUACUUGUUGUAAAUGUGUAAACUACACUGUUACACAUUUACAACAUUUCAUAUUUAUAGCCCUAAGACGUUUCACUGUCCGUAUCUAGAUGAGAAGUAUGUUGUUAUAACAAAAGACAAUCAUCUGUUUUAACAUCUAAACAUUUAAAUAAACAUUCCGAUAUUCCUAAAUUGUCCCUUCACAUGUGAUAAGUGCUGCCUCCAUUACUUACACAUUCAAACUGCAACAAAAUAUUUAUAAUAAGUAAUUAAUUUAAUUUCAUUUAACCCAAUAUCUACUGUGUUGUCUUAUUUUACCUCAUGUAGUUCUAUUUCAUUUUAUACCAUCCUAGUCCCUUUUCCUUUUUGCUUAACAGAUAUGUAACAAAAUAUUUAACAACAAAAGAAAAUGUCAUUGUGGCUUUACGUGCCGCAUUUCUUUUGCGCAAUUAACAGACUGAUCAGAACAGAAAAUCUAUGAAAGCAAGUCAUUGAACUUAAUGCGCAUAGAUAAUACAAAUUAUCCAAUUAACUAAAUUAUCAUUUAUCAUUCUUUAACUUGUUUUGUUCCGCAAUCACUCAGCUGGACUUUGAUACCGGUUUUCUCUAAGUGCGUCAAUUGUGAAUUAUAAACUUAUCAUUUCGUUUCUGUACAUCGCCGAGGAUGGAUCAAUUGCGUUUCGACGGACGUGUAGCAGUAGUAACUGGUGCUGGAGGAGGUUUAGGGAAAGCCUACGCUCUGCUCUUAGCAUCUCGAGGUGCUAAAGUUGUCGUCAAUGACCUAGGCAGUGCCAGAGACGGUGCCGGAAAGUCCAACGCAGCGGAUGCCGUUGUUAAAGAAAUCAAAGACAAAGGUGGAGUAGCUGUAGCUGAUUACAACUCUGUCGUCGAGGGGGAGAAGCUAAUAAAAACGGCAAUUGAUAAUUUUGGGAGGAUUGAUAUUCUUAUCAACAAUGCUGGCAUUCUCCGUGAUAAGAGCUUCACUAAAAUGACUGAGCAGGACUGGGACUUAAUCCAAGCUGUCCAUUUAAAAGGUGCUUUUAAGACAACUCAUGCAGCAUGGGAAACAUUCAGAAAGCAAAAAUAUGGUCGCAUUGUAAUGACCUCAAGCAAUGCGGGCUUGUUUGGGAACUUUGGUCAGGCUAAUUACAGUGCUGCUAAACUUGGUUUAGUUGGCUUAGCCAACACAUUGGCCAUUGAAGGCGCAAAAUACAAUAUCAAGGUGAACACAAUUGUUCCCACGGCGGCGUCUCGUCUCACUGAAGAUAUCCUCCCGCCAGAGAUGUAUGAGGCCAUGAAGCCGGAAUUAAUUGCUCCAGUUGUUGCGUACAUGGUACACGAGUCCUUCAACGAUACCGGUGCUAUCAUCGAUUCCACAUUGGGUUUCGCAACCAAAGCACAAUUAUUUAGGAGCAAUGGAGCCCCACUCAAGAAGAGACCUUCAGACCCGGUCACGAUCGAAUCGGUCAAAGAGAAUUGGUCCAAAGUCGUGGACAUGAGAGGCGCCAAACAUUUGGAGAAGAUCGCAGAUGUCACGCUAGAACUUGUCGACAAACUUCAGGAAUUUGAAGAACGUUCCAAACUGGACGGCGACAAGGACUCUUACUGGACGACGUACGACUACAACGCAAAGGAUUUAGUCAUCUACGCCCUGGGAGUGGGAGCUUCGGUCGAGAACCCGACCGAUUUGAAGUUCCUUUACGAGAGCCACGAGAAUUUCUCUCCCUUACCCUCGUUCUUCAUACUGGCUGGAAUGUGCAUGGAGGCCCCGAUCGUUGCUAACGCCAUGCCGCCGGGCAAAUUCGCUGAUUUCACUAAUGUGCUUCACGGAGAGCAGUACAUUGAAUUCGUCGGUGACUUCCCUGGCACCGAGGGAGUCUUCACAACCCGUUGUUACGUUGUCGAUAUCCUGGACAAGGGCUCCAGCGCCGUGGCCAUUGUGAACAGUGAAAUAUUCCAAAAUAAGCAAUUGGUAUGCCGAACCCAGCAGCACAUUUUCGUGCUAGGCCAAGGAGGUUUCGGUGGACCCCGCAAUAGCAAGAACGCUAUCGGCGUCGGAAACGCACCGAAGCGAAAUCCUGAUGCCGUCGUGGAACAACGCACCGCCGAAGACCAGGCUGCUCUCUACAGAAUGUCUGGUGACCUCAAUCCUCUGCAUAUUGAUCCCAACGUUGCGACCGCAAGUGGACACAAGAAGCCGAUUCUCCAUGGACUCGCAUCCCUUGGUUUUUCAGCUAGACAUGUUCUAGCUAAAUUUGGUGGAAACGACUCCAGCAAUGUGAAAGCCUUAAAGGCACGUUUUGUGAAACCAGUAAUGCCUGGUGAAACCCUUGUUACUGAGAUGUGGGUAGAAGGCAAGAGAGUUCAUUUCCAGACCAAAACUAAAGAAACUGGCAACACAGUGAUUGCUGGUGCAUACAUUGAUUUCAAGAAUGUGGUAUCAGCUGGUGGGUCCCCAUCUGCAGCAGCACCAUCCACUGCGUCUGGCACUUUAAAGAGUGAUGCACUCUUUGCAAAAAUCCAAGACGAAGUAAAAAAGAAUCCUGACAAAGCUACGACAGUUGGUGGUGUUUUCUUAUAUAACAUCACUGAUAACGGAAAAACAGUGAAACAAUGGACACUAGACCUCAAGUCCCCAGUUGUUCACGACGGAGCACCGAAGAGUGGAAAGGCAGAUACGACUAUGACAAUUGCAGAUGCUGAUUUAGUGCAAAUUGCAUCUGGAGCUCUCAAUCCUCAAGUUGCAUACAUGAAAGGAAAACUUAAAAUCGCAGGCAACAUCAUGCUCGCCCAAAAACUUGGACCUUUGCUCAAAUCAGAUGCUAAAUUGUGAAACUAUCAAUUUAACUAUAAAGAACAAUUUGGGUGUCAGGGUUUUUGCAUUGGUUCAUUUAUUAAUUUUGUUAUAAGAUAAAGUGGAAACUCCUAUUUUCUGUUAUCAGAAUGUUGUUAAAUAAAACAGAUAUGAAAAGAUAUGUAAACUGUGAUAAAUGUUAUUUUUUUUAUUGUACUGGCAAAUUUCUAUUUAUAUUCCAUUAACUACUUAUAAAUGUAAACUGAUUACUUGUGGUGGAGGAGUAAUACAACAGUUUUCUAUCAGA